CUCGCUCAUUCGUGAUCCACCCUUCGAGCCGUGAGGACGUACGCUGGUUGCCGUCGUCAUCAGGGUGCGCUACCGUUAAACUGCAGGACGCGUGUUAAUCCUUACCCGUAAGGAGGUUGUCCUGCAUCAUUUUCAGUCCGGUAUUCUUUCCAUUUAGUGUAGAGUGUUUUUGGAGUGUGAAUAUUCCUUCUACCCAAACGAUUAUUGUUAUGGGACGCGAGUGAAGUGUACGCGUGUGUGCGUGUGUGCCUGUACGGCACAGGGAGUGGUGCAUACAUUGAUUGCACCACAUUGUCUGUUACUUUGCGGGGGUUAAAAGUCACAAUCUCGCACCUGUGCUUUUACUGUGGAAUCCUUUUUGUCGUGUAAUUAACCCUCCGAAAUUCGCGUGUGUAUGUGUACGUAAGAACGUGUCCAAGUGGACGCGACGACGCCCCAAAAUAAGCAGCGAAGUGACCAACAUCAUCCACGGCGACGCGUCGUGAUCUUUCGACCGUUUGGAUAAUUGUAUUAAGCAAGCCCCAGCAAUAGUAGCCGCCUCCUCAACAGCAGCACCAGCAGCAGCCUUCCAGCAGUGUGUGUUGUCUUCUUCCGUCCACCAAAGUUCUUUUCGGUAAUUGUGUGCCUGUCCUCCGUGGUAUAGAAUAAUGUCCACUAUGUGUUUUGGCACGAUUUUCACGUGAAAAAUCAAGCGAUUGUUGUCCCGUGUGAGGAUUGUGUCCUAAAACAAAAGUUUGGGUGUUGCCGCUUGUGUGGUGAUCUCGUGGCGCGAUCGCGUCGUUGUAGAUCCGAGUGUGUGUAUGUGUGUUGGUGUAAGUUCGCGGAACACGGUGUCUACCUUUUUAGCGGGCCUCAUCGAAAGGGCGGGCGCGAUCGACGGGUUCGAGCCACCUCGAGAAACAGGCUUCAAAACGACAGCAGCAGCAGCAGCAGCCGCCUGCACGACAGAUAUCGACCAUGAAGGCUAGCAAGCAUCCGACCACCUACGGGUCGGAUGCAAGGACACUCUUCCUCUGGCUAUUGCUCGUCCAAUCGCUGCUGCUAGUCCGGGGUCAGCAACAAUCCCAGCCACAAUCGAACGAUGUCAACCGGUACAGCCCAUCGACGGAUCCUUUCGGUCGACAGCAGUACAAUCCACAGUACCCGAACAGUCAGUACGAUCCGAACGCCCGUACCAACCAGGGUCAAACACCGUCACCAACUGCCGGCACCAACUAUCAGCGCGAUUACUACGGUAGCAAUGUGAACAAUCAAGACUCGAACAGUAUCGACGGUAAUCGGUUCGGGCAGGACGGCAAUCGGAACGUGGUCUUCCAGGCAACGACACCACGCGACUACUUUAACCGGCCAACGUCACCCUCGUCCUCCCGUACCAGCUUCAACCGGAACCCGUUCAGCAACAACGACUAUGCAGCCGGCAACUCUUUCUCGCAAGGUAUCACGUACUUCAUCGUUGCGUCGAAAAUGGUACGUCCGGGGCAGGUGUACCGGGUGGCAGUAUCGGUGCUCGAAUCACGCCUCCCGCUAACCGUGCGCACCAGUAUCUCGCGUGAUGGAGUUGAGCUGAGCAGCGAGACGAAACCGAUCACGGUGGGCGUCCCGGAGUCGAUGCUGAUGCGCGUCCCACCGACGAGCGUUGUCGGCGAGUACAAGCUGCGGGUGGAAGGUUCGUACGAUAAGAACUUCGGCGGGUACGUGUUUACGAACGAGACCAAGCUCAUCUUCUCCCAGCGUUCGAUGACGAUCUUCGUGCAGACGGACAAGCCGGUGUACAUGCAGGGCGAAACGGUACGCUUCCGAGCGAUCCCGAUCACGACCGAGCUGAAGGGAUUCGAUCAGGAGAUGAACGUGUACAUGCUGGACCCGGCGGGCCACAUCAUGCGCCGCUGGUUGUCGCGCCAGUCGAACCAGGGUUCGGUAAGCUUGCAGUACCAGCUUUCGGACCAGCCCGUGUUCGGCGAGUGGAAGAUCCGGAUCGAGGCGCAGGGCCAGAUCGAGGAGGCCCUGUUCAACGUGGAGGAGUACUAUCAGACACGGUUCGAGGUGAACGUUACGAUGCCGGCCUUCUUCUUCAACACCGAUCGCUACAUUCACGGACGCAUCAUGGCGAACUUUACGAACGGCACGCCGGUGAAGGGCAAUCUGACGCUGAAAGCGACGAUCCGGCCAAUCGGGUUCUUUAACCCGGAAGCGAUCAAUCAGAUGAACCGUGUGGGAAAUUUGGGCCGGCUGACGAACUCCAACCAGAACGUGCCGUACUAUCUGCAGAAAUCGAACCCCGACCUGCUGUACAACAACCCGCAGAACAGCUUCACCAGUCAGAUUGGACGCGAUCAGCAGGGUGGCGGGUACGAUGGCGUGGGCCAAAGCUACGACGGACGGUACUCCUCCUCGUCCAACAACUUCCAGGAUUCGUACGUAAUCGAGCGGCACCUGAACUUUGACGAGGAGUGGCCCUUCUGGAUCAAGAAACCGGUCGAAACCGAUGCCCAGUGGGACUCGUGGUCGAACACCUACCGGGAAAGCCUGCCCUUUUUGCGGUUCUUCAACGGCACGUAUAACUUCCGCUUCCCGAUGAGUGAGCUGGCCCAGCUGGUGCCGAAUCUGUCCGGCAUGGAGAUCCUGUUUACGGCACGCGUUGGCGAACGGUACUACAACGAGAUCGUGGAGGGCUAUUCGCUGACGCGCGUGUACAAUUCCUCCAUCCGUAUCGCUUUUCUGGGAGAUUCGCCACAGGUCUUCAAACCAUCGAUGCCGUUCACCGUGUAUCUGAUCGCUGAGUAUCACGAUGGAUCGCCGCUCCCGCUGGACGAGUUCAACGCCGGCCGCAUGGAGGUUUCCGGCACGAUCGAUAGCCGCGCAUCCGGUGGUCGCAACACGCUCGACACACGCGUCCUCCACAUGUCCCAGACGGCAGGCGUUUGGGAGCUGAAGCUAGACAUCCGUCACGACUUGAACCUGGAGAACACGAAGCAGACGAACGAAUUCCUGAACGAAAUUCAAUCCAUGCGCCUCACCGCCAACUACAUCGAUCCGUUCGGUGAGCGAGCGUCCACCGAGCUGCUGCUGCUGGCGCACUUCUCACCCAACAACCACAACAUCAAGGUACACACGAGCACUACCGAUGCGAAGGUGGGCGAGUACAUCACGCUGCACGUCCAGAGCAACUUCUACAUCAAGGACUUUGACUAUCUGGUCAUGUCGAAGGGCAUCAUCCUGGUGACCGGGCACGAGAACAUGAAGGGCGGCAUCAAGACGAUGGCGAUUACGCUUAGCGCGGAGAUGGCACCGGCGGCGACGAUCGUGGUGUGGCACAUCGGACGGUACGGGAAGCUGCUGACGGACAGUCUUACCUUCCCGGUGAACGGUAUCUCGCGAAACAACUUCACCGUGUUCAUUAACAACCGUAAGGCGCGCACGGGCGAGAAGGUGGAGGUGGCCAUUUACGGUGAGCCCGGCUCGUACGUGGGCCUGUCCGCGAUCGACAACGCGUUCUACACGAUGCAGGCCGGCAACGAGCUAACGUACGCGAACGUGAUCACGAAGAUGCUGUCGUUCGAUGAGCACACGAACGGAACGUUCAAGAAGACGUGGAUGUCGCACGACGGUGAUCCGGACGAGCUGGUGUACUAUCCCGCCUCCACGUUCGGUAUCGACGCGAACCGGACGUUCGAUUAUGCGGGGCUGGUCGUGUUUACGGACGGCGUCAUACCGAUGCGACCGUCGAUCUGUGAUCAGGCGCUUAACUAUAGUGAGUGUUUGAAUGGCCGGUGCUACCGGGCGGACAAGCGCUGCGAUGGGUACAUGGACUGUGAGGAUGGUACGGAUGAGGCGGGGUGUAGUGUGCGCAACGAAACGCUGCUAGCAGAGUUCCGCAAGUUCCGAUUCAAUCGCAUCCUGCGCCACUAUCAGAAUGUGUGGCUGUGGAAGGAUGUAAACAUUGGACCGCAUGGGCGCUACAUCUUCAAUCUCGAUGUACCGCAGGUGCCCGCACUGUGGACCGUUUCCGCGUUCGGUAUUAGUGGAAACCGUGGCUAUGGAAUGUUGCGCAAACCGAUCGAAUACGUCGGCAUUCAGCCGUUCUUUAUAAACGUGGAGAUGCCUACGGCCUGUCAUCAGGGUGAGCAGGUGGGAAUUCGUGUGGCCGUUUUCAACUACCAGACGGUCGACAUCGAAGCGACGGUCGUUCUUCACAGCUCACCCGACUAUCAGUUCGUGCACGUCGAGGAGGACGGUAUCGUCCGGUCGUACAAUCCACGAACCUCGUUCGGAGAGCACCAGUUCUACAUCUACCUGUACGCGCAGGACUCGACCAACGUCUACCUACCGAUCGUGCCGACGCGGCUCGGCGAAAUCGAAGUAACCAUUCACGCCUCCACGCUGCUCGGUGCGCAUCAGAUCAGCCGCAAGAUUACGGUCGAAGCGGACGGGUUGCCCCAGUACCGGCAUCAGUCGAUACUGUUGGAUCUGCGCAACCGCGCCUAUCUGGUGCAGUUUAUGCACGUGAACGUCACCGAGACGCCCAUCAUCCCGUACGAGAUCGAUCGCUACUAUGUGUUCGGCUCGAACCGGGCCCGGAUCUCCGUGGUGGGCGAUGUGGUCGGUGCCAUCUUUCCGACGAUGCCGAUCAACACCACCUCCCUGCUGGAGCUGCCGAUGGACGCAGCCGAGCAGAACAUGUUCAGCUUCGCCGCCAACUUCUACACCAUCAAGUAUAUGCGGGCCAGCACGCUGCGAAACAAGAAGACCGAAAAGCAAGCGUUCCGCUUCAUGAACAUCCUGUACCAGCGGCAGCUGAGCUACCUGAUGGAGGACGGGGGCUUUUCGUUGUUCCGUGCCGAUUGGAACCAGUCCGCACCGUCCGUCUGGCUGACGGCGUACUGUGCGCAGGUGUUCGGCGAGAUGGCCGGGCUGUACGAGUACGAAAACUUUAUCUUCAUCGAUCCGUACAUGAUACAGAAGAAUAUGCACUGGCUGUUGCGCCACCAGAAGGAGGAUGGUUCGUUCUGGGAGGAGACGUGGCUGCCCGAUCGGAAGGCGAACCAUUCGGGAUACUUCUCGCGCAACGAUGUCGUACGGGAGAAGAACAUAACGCUCACGGCGCACGUGCUCAUAACGCUGACGACGGUUAAUCUUCCUGCCGGGAGACUUGCGGCACGGGUCGCAUUAUCACAGCAACGAGCGUUACAGUAUCUUCAGCGAAAUUUAGCCACUAUAAAGGACUCCGGGUCGAUGUAUGAGGUGGCCAUCGUGGCGUAUGCACUCAUGCUGGCGAAGGCACCGAAAGCGGAAGCAGCUUUCUCGAUGCUUUCCGCCAAGAUGAGAUCGAUUGGUGAAUUUAAUUACUGGGGUAACGAGGAAGUCCCGCUGCCACCGACCAAGCUGGAAAAUCAACGCUACUUCUCGCUGCCCCGCCUACCGUACAAGUACGACUCGCUCAACAUCCAGACGACCGCCUACGCGUUGCUGACGUACGUAUCGCGUCAGGAGAUUCAUGUCGAUCCGAUCGUGGCGUGGCUAAACGCCCAACGCUUAACGGACGGUGGUUGGGCAUCCAGCCAGGAUACGGGCCUCGCGAUGAAAGCGCUCACCGAGUACAGCACCCGCAACCGUGUGUCGAACGUAACGCAGCUUUCGAUCAAGGUGGAAGCAACGUCGCUGCCUGGGGAAACGAAGCAACUCUACAUCACACGCAAGAGUUUGGCUCAGCAGCAGUUUUUGGAUGUACCGAACGCAUGGGGUACGGUGCGUGUGGAAGCGACCGGUGUCGGUUACGCGAUCCUGCAGAUGCACGUCCAGUACUCGGUGGAUACGUACAAGUUCCAGACGCAACCGCCGGUGCCGGCAUUCGAUCUGACCACGCGUACCAUCUUCCACGGCAGGAAUCAGUCGCACAUAAGCUACGUCAUCUGUCAAAGAUGGACCUACACGGAGGAAUCGAUUCGGUCCGGUAUGGCGGUGCUGGAUGUGGCCGUCCCCACGGGCUACAUGAUUCAGCAGCAGAAACUGGAUUCGUACAUUCUCAGCCAGCGCGUCCGUAACCUACAGCGGGCUCGCUUCCAAGAGCGAAAGGUGUUGUUCUACUUCGACUAUCUGGACAACGAGUACGUUUGUGUGAACUUUACGCUGGAAAGAUGGAUGCCGGUGGCGAACAUGUCCCGCUACUUACCGAUCCGCAUAUACGACUACUACGCACCAGAACGGUUCAAUGAGACGAUCUUCGAUUCGCUGCAAACCUAUCUGCUUAACAUCUGCGAGGUGUGCGGCAGCUCACAGUGUCCGUACUGUUCGAUCUACAAUCUUGCCGUCCGCUUCCCGGGCUCGAUCAUUCUGAUGCUGCUGACCAGCGUGUUGCUGGUGGCACGCCACUACCGAAUAGUUAAUCCAAAUGGGUGGAUUUUCUUGAACGACUAAAUCGUUCAACAUUCGAAUCGUUUCGCACGCGCGCGCGCGGGUUUUGCUCUUCUUUUUUUAAACCCCCGAAAAGGCAAUAUAAUGUAUUAAGAGUUCAAGCGCGUCGAGUGGCGCGAAAUGUGUAAAUAAUACUACCAAACCUCCAUGAGAGCCGUGGAGGUAUUCCAGCGGAGGGAAGGAAAGGAAAUUCACCAAUAAUGUAAGUGAAUUAGUAAAAGAGAGAGAGAGAGAGAGAGAGAGGAAGGAUGAAAAAUCGGGAAAAUGAACAAUUUUUGGUUUUUUUUUCUUCUCUCCUAUCGGCAUCCUUACAUGAACAUUGUUGCGUCCGUUUUUUUUUUAGUUAUAGUUUUAGUAGACUUCGCUAAGCCUAUAGAUAAGAGGAAUGAUAGCUCGAAGGAUACAUCCAUCACACAUUACUCUCUGUGCGACGCCAUCCAAACGAUAUGAGAAACGCGCGAGUGAGAUAAAAUAGAGAAUAGGGAGAGGGGAAAAACACGGGAAAAUUUAUAGGAAAAUCAGAAAAAUCGUAUCAACAAAUCCGCAAACGAAAGCAGUUAUAUUAUUCACCACGCAAGAAGAAAUACAUAAACAAAAAAAUAAGCAAUUUACAAAGACUAGAACAUAAGAGAUGAAGAGAGAGCCCUUAUAGAGAAGAAAAGCGAAGCGAAACAAAGCAGAAGGUAAAAGAUCAAGAAAGCUUCUUUAUUAGUUUUAUACACCACCACCAUCUCCAUUUUCCUCUUAUUUGCCUCGAAUCUCUAGUUUCGUUUAAUCCUCUUUCCGUAAAGUUAGAUAAGUGUAGCAAGCGUCCAACAAAACUUAAGGAAAAUGCAAGGCCGUCCAUUUUGAAUCUGGUCAAUUUUUUUAUUAUCAGUUUCGUUUUUCUUUUAAUAUACUUAUUUUAGAUUUUUUUUUGCGCCUUUUUUAUAUGCCGUUUUACAUAUUACACUUUAUAUAUAAGAAAGAGCCGCGAGAGAAAAUUGCUAUUGCAGGAGGGGGGAGUGUGUGGUAGUGUGUUUUUUGCUAGCAAAAGAAAGAAGAAUUUUUGUUAUUAUAAAAGUAAAAAAGGGGAGGAUUUUUUUUAAUAUAAAAUGUGCUAAGAAAGUAAUGCAAAAGAAGGAGAAAAGAGAAGAACGGAAACAAACGAUACAAAUUGUGAAGGUGCCUUAGCGUCGUCGUAUUUCUACACCAACUACGGACCUCUCUCCAAUUCUAAGUAACCAUAGCAACACGCACCCGUCUUUGGUAGCCAGUAGUAUGCGUGGUACAUCAUGGAAUCGUGAGCCAUUUUCUUACCACGAAUUUUGACAACGAGUGGGUGUCACGGGAAAGUAUUUUGGAAAACUUUUGUUCAGCGCUAGCCCGAACCGGCGGAAAUGUGUGGUGUAUAACGACCGAACCUAGGAGCUUUGGCGAGGGGCGAGCUAUAUCUAGAAUUUGCCCUCCCGGAAGGCAAUCGAUGAGAAUGAAUCGGAAUGAAUAAACAGCAACGAUAACACACGAA